GCUUUGCAGCACCAAUUCAAUCAAGUAAAGAGCAAGACCUCUGAAAAUGAAGCUCCAUCAAAGAAGAGAAAAUCAGAGUGCGAGGAUUACACGAACCACGUGAUUGGAUUCAGUGAGAGCAGCUCUAGCCAUGAAGAGUGGAGCAAAAAGCCCAAGGAGUGUGUUAAACCCAAGAUAUCAAGGGUUCUAGUCCCCACAAAUCCCUCGGAUACCAGCCUGGUAGGUUCCCCGCUGUUCAAUAUUUCUUCCCAGAUUGAAUCUUCUAAUGAUGGAUGUUUACAGAUUGUGAGGGAUGGAUAUCAGUGGAGGAAAUAUGGUCAAAAGGUCACAAGAGAUAACCCCUGUCCGAGAGCAUAUUUCAGGUGCUCCUUUGCCUCAACUUGUCCAGUUAAGACAAAGGUGCAAAGAAGUGCUGAAGACCCAUCGGUAUUAGUGGCUACAUAUGAAGGAGCGCACAACCACGACCAUAAUGCUCUGGCAGAACAAGGAUCAUUAAGCCCCAGCAGCAACAGGGGUUCAGCAUCUGCCCAAACCAAAGCUUCAGCUCCUAGGGUCACUCUUGAUUUGAUGCAACUAGCUGGAUUGGGGGAUGAUACCCAAAAUCCAGCUCAACUAAUUGAUGCACCAGCUAUCCACCAACUCUUAGUUCAUCAAAUGGCUGCUUCUUUGACUAGAGACCCUCAUUUCACAGCAGCUCUUGCUGCAGCCAUUUCAGGCCGAGUUGUAAACCAAAAUAUGAUAAGAAAGUCAUAGUUUUUU